AUGAAUGCUUUGGUUAAUGCUCUACAUAAUGAAUUACAAAUCAGUAAAUCGUCAACAAUUAUUGAAGAACUAUUUCAUAUACAAACACAAUCACGUGUUACAUGUUGUUCAUGUAAAACAGCAGAUACAACAACUGAAAGAACAGCAUUUCUCCCAUUACUACUACCAUUACCUAAACUGCAUCCACAACAAAAUUGUUUACUACUUGAAGAUUUAUUAUCAUUCUUUUUCGAAGAAGACACUUUAGAUGGUGAUUAUUAUUGUCAAAAAUGUGAUACUAUGACACAGGCUAAACAAAAAACAAGUCUUCGUCAUCCUCUGCCACGUGUAAUUAUUAUACAAUUGAAGCGUUUUACAUUUGAUGAUUCAAAUAAUAAAAUUCAUACACUUGUUAAAUAUCCACUGCAAAAAUUAAAUGUUAGAAAAUAUCUUGCUCAAACAUCAAACAACCAACAAGAAACCGAGACAAUUUACCAUUUGAUUGCUGUAUCAAGGCAUACUGGUAGUUCAGUCCGUAGUGGUCAUUAUACAACAUAUGCAAAACAUUUUGUUACUGGAGCUUGGCAUCAUUUUAAUGACAAUUACAUAGAAUCAGUACGAGAUAAAAAGACUGUAUUUGUGACAAGGCCUAUGUGUUAG